GAGAGAGAGAGAAAGAGAUUGAGAUUGGAUAGGGAUUAGCUUUGGGGUUUUGAAUUCGAAUCUGGAUUUUGAUUACGUUUCGGAUUUGGAUAUGGAUUUCGAAGCUAUAUAGAGACAGAGGAGGGAGGGCUGCGUCGAUCAGUGUUUGUUUUGCUGUCAUUCUGAACGGAUCAAUCGGUAAAGAUUCAAGAAUCGAGCGACCGGCGACCAUUUUCGAAGGAAGGCCUUUAAUCUCGACUUCAGGUUUGCAUAUCUCCCAUCUGCGACCGAUCUUUCUUUAUCAGCAUUGAUGGUUGAGGGUUUUCUUUUACCGCAAUCGUCAAGGUGGCUAUGGACUGAUAGUUUAGGGUUUUCUCGUACCGCAAUCCAUGAAGAAGCCGUCAAGAAGGCUACGGCGACCGUAGUCUUGACGGCUACGGCGACCGUAGUCGGUUCCGUGUUUUUGAGUUGUCCGUAUUCGCCCUUUGGGGAUUGGAAAUUUUGGAAUUUUGUAUUCAGGGCAUGGAAAUCCCGGGUUCGUUCACUGUCUUCGGCUUGCAAUCGAGAAAUCCGAAGGCUCAGUGGUGUUAUGGGGAUAGGAGAUCCAGAGAUUUUGGUCUUGAUCGGUUUCUUGGAUUUGGAAUUUGGACGGUUUUCUUGAUGAAAGACGGACGCUGUUGGCUACAGACUUUACACGUCAUUAAUUAAUUAAAUAUCUCUCUGUGCAUAUAGCAUGGCUACCGCAGCGGCAAGAGUUUCAGAGAGGAGGCAGGGGUCAGGUUUUCAUCGGCGGCAAUCCAGAGGAGGAGGAGGAGCGAACGUUAUUUGUGCAUUUUGGCUUGAGGGGAGGUGCAGUCGACACCCGUGUAAGUUCUUGCACGCAGAAUCAGGAUCAGCGGCCUCACCGCGACCUAAACAAUUCCAAGCCCACAAGUCAAGAACCUGGAAGAGGACUCCCGGCAACAGCAGUACUGUCAAGAAUUCAUCCGUGUUGUCUGGUGGAGAGGAUGGACCUAAACAUAUUAAUGAUACUGAAAGAGUUGAAGACGAAGUUUGCCGGCACUGGCUUUCUGGAAAGUGCGUGCGUGGCGAGCACUGCAAAUACUUGCACUCGUGGUCCUGUGGCAAUGGGUUUUCAAUGUUCACGAAGCUAGAGGGGCACAGCAAGGCUGUUAAAGGGAUUGCACUUCCUUCUGGCUCCUACAAACUUUACACGGGUUGUAAGGACAAAACCGUACGAGUAUGGGACUGCAAUACUGGUCAGUGCGUUCAAGUGGUUGAUCUUCCGGGUGAAGUUGGGUCGCUGAUCAGUGAGGGUCCAUGGGUAUUUGUGGGCACGGAAGAUGCUGUUAAGGUGUGGAACACACAGACGGGCAAUGAACUGACGCUUCUCGGACCAGUUGGACUAGUUCGUGCUUUGGCCACCACGGAUGAUACACUUUUCGCUGCAACACAGGAUGGCACCAUAUUGGCCUGGAAAUUUAGAUUCGAAAAUGAACCCCCUGAAUUACUCGCGUCACUGAAGGGUCACAGUGGUGUUGUUAUUUGUCUUUUUAUUGGAGCAAACAAGAUCUACUCCGGUUCGAUGGACAACACAAUAAGAGUGUGGGACCUGAAUACCUUGCUGUGUGUCCAAACACUACAAGGACAUACAGGUGCCGUUAUGUCUGUUCUUUGCUGGGACAAGUAUUUGCUGUCCUGUUCUUUGGAUGGAAGCAUAAAGGCUUGGGGUUCCACCGAAGCUGGGGACAUGGAGAUGAUCUACACUCAUGAAGAAGAACAUGGUGUUCUUGGCCUUUGUGGGCUUAAUGAUGCUGAGGGCAAACCUAUUCUGCUCUGCUCAUGCCACGACAACUAUGUCCGGUUGUAUGACUUGCCAACGUUCGCUGAAAGGGGCAAGCUGUUUGCAAAACGAGAAGUGCGGGCAAUUCAGAUUGGCCCAGCAGGCACAGGCCUCUUCUUCACCGGGGAUGCAACGGGCCAAAUAACAGUGUGGAAAUUGGAUGCAGAGUCGAAGAAGAAGACGUCGUCGUCUUCAUCAUGAGCCAGCCAGCCAGCCAACCAUUCUGUGUGCUGUAAACUCAACCUCAUUCGUUCAUGGAGAUUGGAAGCUCAACCUUCUGUGUAGAUAUAUUGCUCGUUGAGAUUGGAUAUUGUGCGGUAUUAAUUUUGAAUAUUUUAAUGCUUAUGUUAUGAUGCAUGGUCAAUUCAAUUGAACGACACUGUUCUUGCUUGAUGAUUUCAAGAUGUAGCAAUAUCUUAUGUAGGGGGGUUGAAAGUGCUUGAUUAUUAUGGUUAUUGAAGUGCAUGCCUUGGUAAGAAAUUUGCGUGAAUUUUGUGAUUAUGCAUGAUUGAAUUGUGUGAUGCUUGUCUUGUUAAUUAUCCCUGGAAGUUAGUUCUAAACAAAGUUUAAGUAAAAAAAGGGCAAAAAGAAAUGGAAA